CCUCGAGUUCUCAGGAGUCGUAUAUCAUGCGUUCUAGACCACCUGGUUCUCCGGGAUAUACCAGGAUAUCAGGUCAACCUAGACCUGGUUCUCCUGAUUUUACAAGGAUAUCAGGACAACCUAGAUCUAGAUCCUCCACCUCACGUCCAGUAGAUCCUAGCUCCUCUCCUCUUCAACCCCACCACGUGACCCCCCGGCGUAUCCGUGAUUAUACUAGUGAUCAGGAGAGUAGGGAUAGAAACUCUAAUCUUACCAGACCCACGCUCCGCCGUCAAAAUACGUUCUCUCUCUCCUCCAGCCGGAGACCAGUCUCAGACGGGUUUUACGACUCCAACUCCCGAACUUUGGAGCGUAAACCGAGGCCCGUUUCCGGAUCGGCGACGGGGGAAAGGAUAGAGAUAUCGCAACGGCAAACCGUUCGAUCGUUGUAUCGAAACUCCGCGCCCCCGGACUCUGCUGAUUCAUAUCGGCGGGAGGCGGGGCGAGAGGCGGAGUUCCGCCGUAGUUCUCACGCCAGUUGUCAUGUGAGGGUUGAAACACCGCCGAUGGGGCGAAGGUUCACUUCGUCGCCGCGUUCGCGAAAAAUUUGACGCUCCAUCUCUCUUCAACUCUUUUAGGCCAUUACCACAUUUAACAUUUUUUAAGUAUGUUUAGUUUGAACACUCUUACACAUUCGUUUAUAAUCAAACAAAGUUUUUGUGAUUUAAGAUUUUUUUACAUGACUAAAAUUUAUUAUAUUUUUGGCGAUAGUCAAAGAAAUUUAAUUACUUGACCCAUUAAAUGUUAUUACGAAUUUAAUUACUGCAAUUGUGUGAUAAUUGAGCAAAUUAAUUUAUUAAAUUAUUGUUCACUUUAAACAGAGCAUUUAUUAAUUAUGAAUGUUUUAUCAUGUCAGGGACUUUCGAGGUAAUUUUCAAGGGAUAUCCCGCUGAUUAAGUGGCAUGUUCGAUUUACAACUGUAGUUUUUUUUAACCUUCUGUCUUAUCAAGGUUCUAGAUAUCCGUAAUUUUCUAACUGAAAGCUGGGACCAAUAAAAGUAUUUUCUAAUUUAUCACAUUAUUUACGAAGGUAUUGUGUUUUCAGCUAGAUUAAUAAGGAUAUCUUCGUCAUCCUUAGACUAAGGUAUAAGGGUACCAUUGUGAAUCGGACUUUGCGCUCUACAAACUGGGGUUCACCUGAAAAUGCGUCAGCAGUCCCUUUAAUUUGUAUUUUAUUCAAUUAAAACCGUACAGUACAACUAGUACAACUAGUACACGUAGUACACGUUCACAUAGUACAUGGAGUAGAAGUGUACAUUUAUUAUGUCUAAUUAAUAAAUCAUUGUAAAGAAA